AUGGCGGCCGGGCGGGGCGCCAACGCCGCCGGGUUUCACCGCGGCCCCGCCAACCCGCCCCCGUCCGAGGAGACACUGAAAUUGCGGGAGAUUCAACGGAAGCAGUUCCUGAAAGUCAUCCGCGAUGAAACGGAGGCGUACGAGAAGAAGCUGCAGGAGCGAAGCGCGAAGGAAGGUCGACUCUCCGGCGGCAGCGACGACGGCGAGGGCAGCAGCGGCUCCGAAAGCGACAGCGGGAAGCCGUCAAAGCGGCGGCGGCAUGAGAAGUCGGGCGGCGGUAUUAGCGACGACGGUGGCGAGGAUGAGGCGGAGGCCUCCCGCAAGGACUAA